AACAUGGCGGCGCGCAGGGCUGGGCCGGGCCGCUGCCGCGCCUGAGCACUCCACCGCCCUACCUCGGCUCGCGGUACCCACGCUUGCACCCAACCUGGCCCCGCGGCUGCGGAGCAGCCAGGGCAGGAACGCAGGGCCCUGCCUGGGUGCAGGGGCGCGGCGGAGAUAGCGCCACGCGGCUCGCGAGGCCGGGGACCCGCAGCUUCGCCGCUUACCACCGGCGCGGCCCGGAGGCCCGAACCAUGGAAUCAGAGGAGGAGCAGCACAUGACCACGCUGCUGUGCAUGGGCUUCUCGGACCCCGCCACCAUUCGCAAGGCCCUGCGCCUGGCCAAAAACGACAUCAAUGAGGCCGUGGCGCUGCUCACCAACGAGCGGCCGGGCCUGGACUACGGCGGCUACGAACCUAUGGACAGCGGCGGUGGCCCCAGUCCCGGGCCUGGCGGGGGCCCGCGGGGCGACGGUGGAGGCGACGGCGGCAGCGGCCCGUCUCGGGGCGGGAGCAUCGGAGGCGGGGGCGGCUUUGACCCCCCGCCCGCGUACCACGAGGUGGUGGACGCUGAGAAGAAUGAUGAAAAUGGAAACUGCUCAGGAGAAGGAAUUGAAUUCCCUACAACAAACCUAUAUGAACUGGAAAGCCGUGUUUUGACUGAUCAGUGGUCUAUCCCUUACAAGCGAGAAGAAUCACUAGGGAAAUGCCUGUUGGCGUCGACCUACUUAGCAAGACUUGGUCUUUGCGAGUCUGAUGAGAAUUGUAAAAGAUUUAUGGAUAGGUGUAUGCCUGAAGCAUUUAAAAAGCUCCUGACAUCAAGUGCUGUUCACAAGUGGGGUACUGAAAUUCAUGAAGGGAUCUACAACAUGUUGAUGCUGUUGAUUGAACUGGUUGCAGAAAGAAUAAAACAAGACCCAAUUCCUAUUGGUCUCCUGGGUGUGCUUACAAUGGCUUUCAAUCCUGAUAAUGAAUACCAUUUUAAAAACAGAAUGAAAUUAUCUCAAAGGAAUUGGGCAGAAGUGUUUGGAGAGGGAAAUAUGUUUGCUAUUUCACCGGUAUCUACUUUCCAAAAGGAGCCUCAUGGAUGGGUUGUGGAUUUGGUAAAUAAGUUUGGAGAAUUAGGUGGGUUUGCAGCAAUCCAAGCCAAGCUCCAUUCAGAAGAUGUAGAACUUGGGGCAGUCUCGGCAUUGCUGCAGCCCCUAGGAGUGUGUGCAGAGUACCUUAACUCCUCAGUGGUACAGCCCAUGCUAGACCCAGUUAUCCUCACUACAAUUCAGGAUGUGCGGAGCGUGGAGGAGAAGGACCUCAAAGACAAGAGAUUGGUUAGCAUCCCUGAGCUCUUGUCUGCCAUUAAGUUACUUUGCAUGCGCUUCCAACCGGAUCUGGUCACAGUUGUGGAUGACCUACGGCUAGACAUUCUGCUGCGCAUGCUGAAAUCGCCACAUUUUAGUGCUAAAAUGAAUUCCCUCAAAGAAGUAACCAAACUAAUAGAAGACAGCACUUUAUCCAAAUCUGUGAAGAAUGCAAUAGAUACAGACAGAUUAUUAGAUUGGCUAGUAGAGAACUCAGUUCUGUCAAUUGCAUUGGAAGGCAACAUAGACCAAGCACAAUACUGUGAUCGUAUAAAGGGAAUUAUUGAACUCUUGGGUAGUAAAUUGUCUUUAGAUGAGCUGACUAAAAUUUGGAAGAUACAGUCAGGACAAUCAUCUACUGUGAUCGAGAAUAUUCAUACUAUUAUCGCGGCAGCAGCUGUGAAAUUUAACUCGGAUCAGCUUAAUCAUUUGUUUGUUCUCAUUCAGAAGAGCUGGGAGAUUGAGAGCGAUAGAGUAAGACAGAAGCUACUGAGCCUGAUAGGACGAAUAGGCCGGGAAGCUCGCUUUGAAACCACUUCUGGAAAGGUGUUAGACGUGCUCUGGGAACUGGCUCAUCUUCCGACCCUGCCCAGUAGCCUCAUUCAGCAAGCCUUGGAGGAGCACCUGACAAUCCUUAGUGAUGCAUAUGCAGUGAAAGAAACAAUCAAGAAGAGCUACAUCGUCAAGUGCAUAGAAGAUAUUAAAAGGCCUGGAGAAUGGUCAAGUUUGGAUAAAAACAAGAAGGAUGGAUUCAAGUCAUCUCAACUUAAUAAUCCUCAGUUUGUAUGGGUGGUACCAGCUUUGCGCCAGCUCCAUGAAAUCACCCGUUCAUUUAUAAAACAAACUUAUCAAAAGCAAGACAAGAGCAUUAUUCAAGAUUUGAAGAAAAAUUUUGAAAUAGUCAAAUUGGUAACAGGCAGUUUGAUAGCUUGUCAUCGACUGGCAGCAGCAGUGGCUGGACCUGGAGGACUAACUGGUUCAACACUAGUGGAUGGCCGAUACACUUACCGGGAGUAUUUAGAGGCACAUCUAAAAUUUCUGGCAUUUUUCUUGCAAGAAGCUACUCUGUAUCUGGGUUGGAAUCGUGCCAAGGAGAUGUGGGAAUGUCUUGUGACCGGCCAGGAUGUGUGUGAAUUAGAUAGAGAGAUGUGUUUUGAAUGGUUUACAAAAGGGCAGCAUGAUCUUGAGAGUGAUGUUCAGCAGCAGCUCUUCAAGGAGAAAAUCCUUAAAUUGGAGUCAUAUGAAAUCACUAUGAAUGGUUUUAACUUGUUUAAAACUUUUUUUGAAAACGUGAAUCUCUGUGAUCAUCGAUUAAAAAGACAAGGUGCUCAAUUGUAUGUAGAAAAGCUGGAGUUGAUAGGAAUGGAUUUCAUUUGGAAAAUAGCCAUGGAAUCACCUGAUGAAGAAAUUGCUAAUGAAGCUAUUCAGUUAAUCAUAAACUAUAGUUACAUUAACUUAAAUCCUAGGUUAAAGAAGGAUUCAGUAUCUUUACAUAAGAAAUUUAUUGCUGAUUGCUACACAAGACUAGAAGCAGCCAGCUCAGCACUUGGUGGCCCCACUCUAACGCAUGCUGUGACCAGAGCAACAAAAAUGCUUACAGCAACUGCCAUGCCGACUGUAGCAACAUCAGUUCAGUCUCCAUAUAGAUCCACUAAACUUGUAAUAAUUGAGAGAUUGCUGCUUCUGGCAGAACGCUAUGUGAUCACUAUAGAGGAUUUUUACUCUGUUCCACGAACUAUUCUACCUCAUGGUGCCUCAUUUCAUGGACAUCUUUUAACUCUUAAUGUUACCUAUGAGUCUACCAAAGAUACCUUCACCGUAGAGGCUCACAGUAAUGAAACCAUAGGGAGUGUCCGGUGGAAGAUAGCCAAGCAGUUGUGCUCUCCUGUGGAUAAUAUACAGAUAUUUACAAAUGAUAGUCUGCUGACAGUGAAUAAAGAUCAAAAACUACUCCACCAACUGGGCUUUUCCGAUGAACAAGUCCUCACAGUAAAGACUUCAGGCAGCGGGACCCCAUCUGGGAGCUCAGCAGAUUCCUCAACCAGUUCCAGCAGCAGUAGCAGUGGGGUUUUUAGUUCAUCAUAUGCCAUGGAGCAGGAGAAGUCCCUUCCUGGUGUUGUGAUGGCACUUGUAUGCAAUGUAUUUGACAUGCUUUACCAGCUUGCCAAUCUAGAGGAGCCAAGGAUAACUCUACGAGUACGAAAGCUUCUGCUCUUGAUACCCACUGAUCCAGCCAUUCAGGAAGCCCUUGAUCAACUUGAUUCUUUAGGAAGAAAGAAAACAUUGCUAUCUGAAUCAAGUUCUCAGUCUUCAAAAUCCCCUUCCCUUUCUUCAAAGCAACAGCAUCAGCCUAGUGCCAGUUCAAUUUUAGAAAGUCUAUUUCGAUCUUUUGCUCCGGGAAUGUCCACCUUCAGAGUGCUUUACAACUUAGAAGUGCUAAGCUCUAAACUCAUGCCAACAGCUGAUGAUGACAUGGCAAGAAGCUGUGCAAAAUCAUUCUGUGAGAACUUCCUUAAAGCGGGAGGUUUGAGUUUGGUUGUAAAUGUCAUGCAGAGGGAUUCCAUCCCAUCAGAAGUAGACUAUGAAACAAGGCAAGGUGUUUAUUCCAUCUGUCUGCAACUUGCAAGAUUUUUGCUUGUUGGACAAACAAUGCCCACAUUAUUAGAUGAAGACCUCACCAAAGAUGGCAUAGAAGCACUUUCUUCUCGCCCAUUCCGAAAUGUCAGCCGUCAGACAAGCAGGCAGAUGUCCUUAUGUGGUACCCCAGAGAAGUCAUCCUACCGACAGCUGUCAGUGUCUGAUAGGUCCUCUAUUAGAGUUGAGGAAAUCAUCCCUGCUGCACGGGUUGCGAUACAAACAAUGGAAGUAAGUGAUUUCACUUCUACCGUGGCUUGUUUCAUGAGAUUGUCGUGGGCUGCAGCUGCAGGACGCCUAGACCUUGUUGGGAGUAGCCAACCAAUUAAAGAAAGUAAUUCUCUGUUUCCUGCUGGAAUUCGAAACAGACUCAGCAGUUCAGGAAGCAAUUGCAGCUCUGGGAGCGAAGGAGAACCAGUAGCCCUGCAUGCAGGAAUCUGCGUUCGACAGCAGUCUGUAUCCACCAAAGACUCACUGAUUGCCGGAGAGGCUUUGUCUCUUCUGGUUACAUGCCUACAGCUUCGGAGCCAGCAGCUGGCAUCUUUUUAUAAUUUGCCCUGUGUUGCUGAUUUUAUCAUCGAUAUUCUACUUGGAUCCCCAAGUGCUGAGAUUCGCCGUGUUGCCUGUGAUCAGCUGUAUACUCUUAGUCAGACAGAUACUUCAGCUCACCCAGAUGUACAGAAGCCAAAUCAGUUUCUCCUAGGUGUCAUUCUCACGGCUCAGCUGCCUCUCUGGUCCCCGACCAGUAUUAUGAGAGGAGUCAAUCAGAGACUGUUAUCUCAGUGUAUGGAGUAUUUUGAUCUGAGGUGCCAAUUAUUAGAUGAUCUGACAACUUCAGAAAUGGAGCAGUUAAGAAUCAGCCCAGCUACUAUGCUGGAAGACGAGAUUACUUGGCUGGAUAACUUUGAACCUAAUCGCACAGCUGAAUGUGAAACCAGUGAAGCAGACAACAUCUUAUUGGCAGGACACUUACGACUCAUUAAGACCCUUCUUUCACUCUGUGGGGCAGAAAAGGAAAUGCUUGGUUCAUCACUCAUUAAACCAUUGUUAGAUGACUUCCUUUUCCGAGCUUCUAGAAUUAUUUUAAAUAGUCAUUCUCCAGCUGGCAGUGCCGCCAUCAGUCAACAGGACUUUCAUCCAAAAUGUAGUACAGUGAACAGCCGAUUGGCAGCCUAUGAAGUCCUUGUAAUGUUGGCUGAUAGCUCACCCUCAAAUCUUCAGAUUAUUACAAAAGAACUACUUUCUAUGCAUCAUCAACCCGACCCUGCUCUUACCAAGGAGUUUGAUGUAAGUUUUCCAGACUUUGGCAUAUUUAAUUUUUUAGGAUUUCUUAAACAUACAAUUUUAAAAUUAUGUUUCAUUUUCCUAACCACAAAGAAAUCGCUCACCACGCCCCCAGUGCGUCUGGGGAUGCAAGUGGCGUGGCAAAGCGGGCCAGCCUUCCCCAUCACCACGGAGCCCAUGGGGUUGGGGAUGGUGGUGGUCCGGGGUUGCCUGCCACCUCCAAAGCAGCAAGGGCCCACCAUCACCUGGCUGCUGUCCAGGACUCCAUGCAGGCCCCCCGCACCUCGACACUCCACCUUCCUGCUCCACCAGCCCUGGAGAUGGACAGCAGGAGACUCCCAGGCCUGUGGGCAGUCAUUACUUUCAGUGGACGAUGACACGGACAAUCCAGAUGAUAGUGUAUUCUACCAAGUGCAGUCUCUCUUUGGGCAUUUGAUGGAAAGCAAGCUGCAGUAUUAUGUACCUGAGAACUUUUGGAAGGUAUUUCACCCAAUAACUCUUUUAGAUUUAAAUUUGUUAUAUAUUUGGAGUUUAGCUACGUUCCUUCUCUAUUUCACAAAUACCAUAAACCAACCCAAACCUAUUGGGAAAAUGGGAAGAGACCAGAUUUUUAAGAAUACUUUUCAGGGCAUCUAUUCUGAUCAGAAGAUCUGUAAAGACUGUCCUCACAGAUAUGAGCGUGAGGAAGCUUUCAUGGCGCUCAAUCUAGGAGUUACUUCUUGUCAAAGUUUGGAAAUUUCUUUGGAUCAGUUUGUUAGAGGAGAAGUUCUAGAGGGAAGUAAUGCAUAUUACUGUGAAAAGUGUAAAGAGAAGAGAAUAACGGUGAAAAGGACCUGUAUUAAGUCUUUACCCAGUGUCUUGGUAAUUCACCUAAUGAGAUUUGGAUUUGACUGGGAGAGUGGACGCUCCAUUAAAUACGAUGAACAAAUAAGGUUUCCCUGGAUGCUAAACAUGGAGCCUUACACAGUUUCAGGAAUGGCUCGCCAAGAUUCAUCUUCUGAAGUUGGUGAAAACGGGCGAAGUAUGGAUCAGGGGGGUGGAGGAUCCCCAAGGAAAAAAGUGGCCCUCACAGAAAACUAUGAGCUCGUCGGUGUCAUCGUACACAGUGGGCAGGCACAUGCAGGCCACUACUAUUCCUUCAUUAAGGAUCGGCGGGGAUGUGGAAAAGGAAAGUGGUAUAAAUUUAACGACACAGUUAUAGAAGAGUUUGACCUAAACGAUGAGACCUUGGAGUACGAAUGCUUUGGAGGAGAAUAUAGACCAAAAGUUUAUGAUCAAACAAACCCAUAUACUGAUGUACGCCGAAGAUACUGGAAUGCCUAUAUGCUCUUCUACCAAAGGGUAUCUGAUCAAAACUCCCCGGUAUUACCAAAGAAAAGUCGAGUCAGCGUUGUAAGACAGGAAGCUGAGGAUCUGUCUCUAUCAGCUCCAUCUUCACCAGAAAUUUCACCUCAGUCAUCUCCUCGGCCCCACAGGCCUAAUAAUGACCGGCUCUCUAUUCUAACCAAGUUAGUUAAAAAAGGAGAGAAGAAAGGAUUAUUUGUGGAGAAAAUGCCUGCUCGAAUAUACCAGAUGGUGAGAGAUGAAAACCUCAAGUUUAUGAAGAAUAGAGAUGUGUACAGUAGUGACUAUUUCAGUUUUGUUUUGUCUUUAGCUUCGUUAAAUGCUACUAAAUUAAAGCAUCCAUAUUAUCCUUGCAUGGCAAAGGUGAGCUUACAGCUUGCCAUCCAGUUCCUUUUUCAAACUUAUCUACGGACAAAGAAAAAACUCAGGGUUGACACUGAAGAGUGGAUUGCCACUAUUGAAGCAUUGCUUUCAAAAAGUUUUGAUGCCUGUCAGUGGCUAGUUGAAUAUUUUAUUAGUUCUGAAGGACGAGAGUUAAUAAAGAUUUUCUUGUUGGAGUGCAGUGUGAGAGAAGUACGAGUUGCUGUAGCCACCAUUCUGGAGAAAACUCUAGAUAGUGCCUUGUUGUAUCAGGAUGAGUUAAAAAGCCUUCACCAGUUACUGGAGGUACUACUAGCUCUGUUGGAUAAAGAUGUUCCAGAAAAUUGUAAAAACUGUGCUCAGUACUUUUUCCUCUUCAACACUUUUGUACAAAAGCAAGGUAUUAGGGCUGGAGAUCUCCUCCUGAGGCAUUCCGCUCUGCGGCACAUGAUCAGCUUUCUCCUAGGGGCCAAUCGGCAAAACAAUCAGAUACGUCGAUGGAGUUCAGCACAAGCCCGAGAAUUUGGGAAUCUUCACAACACAGUGGCAUUACUGGUUUUGCAUUCGGAUGUCUCUUCCCAAAGGAAUGUUGCUCCUGGUAUAUUUAAACAACGGACGCCCAUUAGCAUUGCUCCCUCCAGCCCUCUGUUGCACCUCCACGAGGAAGUAGAAGCUUUGUUGUUCUUGUCUGAAGGGAAGCCUUACCUGUUAGAGGUGAUGUUCGCUUUGCGAGAGCUGACAGGCUCGCUCUUGGCCCUCAUUGAGAUGGUGGUGUACUGCUGUUUCUGUAAUGAACAUUUUUCCUUCACUAUGCUGCACUUCAUUAAGAACCAACUGGAAACAGCUCCACCCCAUGAAUUAAAGAAUACGUUCCAACUACUUCAUGAGAUUUUGGUCAUUGAAGAUCCCAUACAAGUAGAACGAGUCAAAUUUGUGUUCGAGACGGAAAAUGGAUUACUAGCUUUGAUGCACCACAGUAAUCACGUGGACAGUAGUCGCUGCUACCAGUGUGUCAAGUUUCUUGUAACUCUUGCUCAAAAGUGUCCUGCUGCUAAAGAAUAUUUCAAGGAGAAUUCCCAUCAUUGGAGUUGGGCUGUACAAUGGUUACAGAAGAAGAUGUCAGAACAUUAUUGGACACCGCAGAGUAAUGUCUCUAAUGAAACAUCAACUGGAAAAACCUUUCAGCGAACGAUUUCAGCUCAGGACACAUUAGCAUAUGCCACAGCUUUGUUGAAUGAAAAAGAGCAAUCAGGAAGCAGUAAUGGGUCGGAGAGCAGUCCUGCCAAUGAGAACGGAGAGAGGCAUUUACAACAGGGCUCCGAGUCACCGAUGAUGAUCGGGGAGUUGAGAAGCGACCUUGACGACGUGGACCCUUAGAGGGGCAUGCGCAGACGAGACGAGGAGUCAGAGCACAGCCAGAAUGCUCAGCACCUUUUCAAAUCAGAAUCUCAUCCUUCAGACCUUUAGAAGAGCCUGGAGAUUGAACUGGGAGAACCUUCCAUGACACUGGAAACCAAUGUUUUUGAAAGAAAGCACUCUUUGGCCACUAAAAGGUUUGGGAGCUGUUUGGCAGUGAGAGAGCUCUGGCAUGUGGAGCAGCUGUCCCAGGGGGGACAGUCUACGCCUGAAUUAACAUUUUUGUGGAGAUUUUAGGAAAUAAAGCCGGUGGCAGACUUUUUUGUUACAUGAACAUAGAAGAGUGAGGGUAAAGCUGUUGCUUUUUCUAUGAUGCUACAAAAGAAAUUUCUUUGGUUUUUAUAUUUAAAAAAAAAAAAAAAAGCAAGCUGCCUUUAGACGUGUGGGGGCAAAUUUUUAAUCUUGCAGUAACAUUGAAUAGGAAUAUCCAAUUUAAAAUAAUGUAAAGAUGUGAUAAAAUUCAUUUUCAUUGUAAAAUACUAGUUAAAGAUACAGUUUACACAGACCUUUGUAUUUAAUAUGUCUCCCUAUUUGUACAGAAUUUCAGAAGGGUUUAGAUGAAAGCUCUGGGCAUAAGCUUGGAUCUCAGUGAAAUGUUACUGGGAUCAAAAAUUGGAAAUUAUUAAGCUCUUUAAGAUAUUUUUCUGAUAAUAAUUGAGAUUGAAAAGAGCAAUAAAAAAAUGCUGUGUUCUCCAGAAGUACAAGGUGCAUUCUUUAACAUCAGUCACUAAAGAAGCUAUGAGUUGCUCCCAAAACAAAUUUUAAAAAUACCAAAAUAAAAAGCACUUUAAGAUAUAAUUUUAUUACAGUUUGACUUCAUGAAAUCAUCUUUUUAACACUUGGAGACAUAUUGAAUAAACUGUAGUCUUAAAU